AAACGGGUGGAACCUUUUGGUCCAGAUGGUCUUCACCGGAACAGACCGGGGGCUAUUGUCCUAUGGACUCACCUGCUCGAACAUACCACACAGAAUUGCCCGUCAGCUGUAGUGACCGGAAAUGACCGGCCCACCAGCGAAUGAUGUCCGUCAGGUCCCUGUCUCUGAUCUGAUUGGAUCCACAUCAAAUAUAGGUAUCUUAAUGUCAAGAGGAUAAAACGUUGGCUGGACCAUAAUGGCGUCUUACUUUGAAGAACACGACUGUGAGCCCACCAACCCUGAGGAGCAGUAUCGGCAGAACGCUCUACUUGAAUUGGCCAGGUCUUUAAUGCAGGGCUUAGACUUACUUGACACAGGAGCGUUCGACUCGUCAGACUGGGAUCAACGUCUUCCCCCCCCAGCUGCCAAGACCGCUGUUCAGACCCUCACCGUGGUCGUCAUUUCUCCAGAGCAAGCAGACAAAGGUCUGAAGUGUCCAGUUUGUUUGCUGGAGUUUGAGGAACAAGAAACAGUUCGAGAAAUGCCCUGCAAACACCUUUUCCACGCAGGAUGUAUACUGCCCUGGCUGGGCAAGACUAACUCCUGUCCGCUCUGUCGACUUGAAUUACCAACUGACAAUCCAGAGUAUGAAGAGUUUAAAAAAGACAAGGAGAGAAGGAAACAGAGGGAAAACCGGCUGGAGGAUCUACACGGAGCCAUGUACACAUGACACCACGAUGCUGUGGUGCAAAUUUGUAGCACAGUAAUGUUUUACAGAAAAUGAUGAUAAAGAAAAAUUCAAUAGAUUCAGGAAAAACACAAUGCUACAUUCAUGCCAUUUCAUUACAGAUUUUGUAAUAUAAAUGCAUCUGGAAAAACAUCCGUUAGCUUUAUAUUUAUAUAUAUAUAUUAUGAAAAGUAAUGACGAAUGUCUGACACUUAUAUCUCCCAGCAGCAAAAUGUUAUAUAAAAUAUGAAUAAACGGUUUGCAAAAUAGCUGCAAUGCUAACAGGACUGAGCUCAUUGUAAAUACAAUAUAAUAUUACAAAUAUGUAACAAUAUAAAUAACUAGUCUGUGUAAUUUCCAGGUUCCAUGCAUUUGACACGGCAUGAAUGCAGCAUAAGCAGUAACGUUGAACAUUUUAAAUGCUCUUUUCACAUUAGUUAGAAUAAAUUCACUAUAAUAUUAACUAUAUUUUAAGAUGAUUUUAAACAUACAUUUCAUGAGCUUUAAACGCACAAAAAUGCUGUAUUUACCUUAUGAAUAUUAUUUAAAAGUAAAUGUUUAUUUGUCAAUCGAUAUAAAGAAUAUGCUUUUCCAUACAUUGUCUUCAACAAGGACAGACUGAAAAAGAAAGGUAAAGAUUGAAGCAGCAGAGGUUGAGAUAUUCUGACUUUUAAUCUCCAGUGUGGCUCAACUCCAUAGCUUUCUGGGAAUGUGUCUUGUUGUCACUGAAGGAGUUGUGGUUCUCGUGCUGACUAAGCACUUUCAUGUAUAAAACUGGUUCCUCUAGUCUAGACCUUGUCCCAUGAUGUUUAAGGGAUUUCACUUCCCUUCUGGCCAUCACAAACAGUCCUUUGGUAUGAAUGUGGUUUGAUGUUUCUACAUGUUGGUACAUGUGUAUUAACACAAUACUGGACCUGCAGCACUGCUCAGAGUGUGAUAUUUAAUCAGCUGUGUAUAGAGCAUUUACAAAAGUCAGCCGUUCUUUGUCAUUUAAAGUUGUUUCUAUUUCUGAUUUAAAAAUAAACACCUGCUUUUUACAAAUAUAGAAA